CACGAAAGCGCUUGGGAACUUUGUAUUUUCUUCUUUCCUUGUGGUUAUAGCAUAUACACAGUAUUUUAUAUGUUAUUUGAGAACCAAUUAACAAAAUACGUCACAGAUACAAUCAUUUGGGUAAAAUUAGAGUUCAUACAACUGGUAGGAUGUCAAAACUAUGUUGUUCUAGUGUUUUGAUUGGUUCUGGCCUUAAUUUCCGUCGGAAAUUGCCUGGUUUUUUUUUUAUUUAUCGCCCCCGUCUACCUCCAACAAGAUUUUACAUCUACUUUAAAGCUUUGCCCACUUUGAACAAGUAAUAUUGAUGGCUGAGGCUUGAACCCAGGACAUAGCAUGAGAUAAGCUACACACCCAUUACUGCUACACUUCUUUGGUCAUUAACAGGGGAAAAUGCUGUCAUUUAGAAUAACAACACUCUGGAGAAACAGCUUAAGUUUUAAAAGUCAGAUCAUUCCUUGUAGUGAAUCUGUAGUUGGUGCUGGCAGGAGAAAAUGGCCUUCUCCUGUGCAAGGAUUGAUGGGAACACUACAACCUGUCAGAAGAAUACACACAUCAAGACCUCGCUAUUUGAACCCCAUAAUAGUAGCAGUUCUUCGACCUUUGAGCAAAAUGGUUGCAGUGUUGGUUGGCCGUGGCUUUAGAAAAUGGUGGCAGUCGUUACCAAAGAAGAAGAAAGAUAUCUUUAUACAACAUUUUAUUCGCAACAAAUUUCGCUACUUAGGUGGUUCAACUAUGUUGGGCCUUGCAGGGUAUACAUACUAUGAGAGCCAUGUAACCACCACUCCUUUUACGAGACGUCGGAGGUUUAUGGUUUUCACACCAGAUCAACUUUUCAAGAUUGCACAAAGCUGUUAUCAAGUGGAAUUAGCAGAAUAUGGACAUCUCUUGUUACCAGAAAAUCACUCCAUGGUUGACAGAGUGAGAAGGGUUGGUAACAGGAUACUGCAGGCCAACAACACCAUCCCACAACUGUACACCAAAGAAUGGACAGUUACUGUCAUUGAUCAUCCCAUGGUCAACUGCUUUGUCUUACCUAGUGGAGACAUUGUAAUGUUUCGAGGAAUGAUGGAUCUUCUUGAGAAUGAAGAUCAAGUGGCUUUUGUUCUGGCACAUGAAAUGAGUCAUGCUAUCCUUGAACAUUCUGCUGAACAACUCAGCCAUGGAUACCUUUUAGAUGUCCUGAUACUUAUGCCAUUGGCUGUGAUCUGGGCAUUUAUCCCCAGUGAUGGCCUGGCAGUAGUCACACAUUGGUUCUUAAAUCAAGUAGUUCAAGUUCUUCUUCAGCUGCCCUACUCAAGAUCUUUAGAAAAUGAAGCUGACUGUGUUGGUUUACGAUUAGCUGCCAAGGCUUGCUUUGAUGUACGAGAGGCCAGUGCAUUUUGGGGUCAGAUGUCAGUGAUGGAUAAACUCCGGGAGGCACGUGGUGAGGUAGGCGAAGAGCCUGCUUGGCUCUCAACACAUCCUUCACACUCUGACCGACAAGAAAUGUUAGAUUAUCAAAUGUCUGAAGCUCUUAUGCUACGAGAGGCUUGUCAAUGUCCACGGCUGACAAAAAGCGACCCUAGACAUUCCAUAUGGAUGCUGCAGAAGAACUUGAUCCAUACAUCAUCAAAACAGUCACCUCAAGAAUCAAGUGGCCCUGAUCAUAAAAUCAGGACAAGAGAGCCAGCCAAGAUCCAAUAAAAAUGUAGAAACUGUUUCUACACAAUAGAAACAUUCAUAUAAAAAUAAGAAAUUAUAGCCACAGUGCCUUAUUUAUAUAUAUAUAUAUAUAUAUAUA